AUGCUGCUCCAACAGAACUUCGCGAUCCUCAUUCAGCUCGAAGUAUUUGGACUUUCGAGAGCCAAGAUGCCUCAGAUGCUCAAGAUGGCCAGCAGGGCAUCCUUGGUCGCAAAAUGCUUUCCUGAGAUUUGGGCUGAAUCUGCCCUCAAAUCUCAGGCGAGGGUUAUUAAAACCCACAAGACCCUGGAGGACAUGCCAGGGCCCAACGCGCUGAGCUUCUUCACGGAUCUGUUCUGUAAAAAGGGGCUAUCAAGAUUACAUGAACUCCAGACUGAAGGCAAAGCCAAGUAUGGCCCAGUGUGGAAGGCCAGCUUUGGGCCCAUCCUCACAGUCUACGUCGCAGAUCCCAGCCUGAUUGAGCAGGUGUUAAGGCAGGAAGGCAAACACCCCAUCCGCUCCGACCUCUCCUCCUGGAAGGAUUAUAGGGUGUGCCGUGGCCACGCAUACGGGCUCCUUACUGCGGAAGGCGAGGAGUGGCAGAAAAUCCGCAGCAUCCUAGGAAAGCAUAUGUUAAAGCCCAAAGAGGUGGAGGCCUACACCAGCAUGCUUAAUGAUGUGGUUAGCGAUCUCAUCCAUCGGCUGGAGCACCAGCAGAGUUCCCACAAUCAGCAUGUGGUGAAGAAUGUGGCUGAUGAGUUCUACAAGUUUGGAUUAGAAGGCAUCUCUUCGGUCCUCUUUGAAUCCCGCAUCGGUUGCUUGGAGCCCAAAGUCCCAGAGGAAACGGAGAAUUUCAUUCGCUCCAUCAAUACCAUGUUCAUCAUGACUCUGUUCACUAUGGCGAUGCCCAAGUUCUUGCACCAAAUCUUUCCUAAGCCAUGGCAGAAGUUCUGUGAAUCCUGGGACUAUAUGUUUGAAUUCGCCAAAGGACACAUUGACAAGCGGAUGGCUGAAGUUUCAGAAAAAGUCUCGCAAGGGGAGAAGGUGGAAGGAAAAUACCUGACUUACUACCUGGCGCAGGAGAAACUGUCCAUGAAAUCCAUCUAUGGAAAUGUGACUGAGCUUCUGCUGGCUGGUGUGGACACGAUCUCAAGCACCUUGUCCUGGAGCCUAUAUGAACUGUCCCGUCACCCAGAGGUGCAAACAGCCCUUCACAAGGAAAUUGCUGGAGUGAUGAAGGACAACCCCAUCCCAACAGCAGCUGAAGUAGCUCAGAUGCCCCUGCUGAAGGCGGUGGUGAAGGAGGCACUGAGGUUAUAUCCAGUGAUUCCUGGCAAUGCCCGUGUCAUCUCGGACAGGGACAUCCAAGUGGGAGACUAUCUCAUCCCCAAAAAAACCUUGAUCACCCUCUGUCAUUACGCUACCUCACGCGAUGAGAAAUACUUCUCCAAUGCCGAGUCAUUCCAGCCGGAGCGAUGGCUGCACAAGGACGAAGCACAUCACCCAUAUGCCUCCAUCCCCUUUGGCUUCGGCAAGCGCAGCUGCAUAGGCCGCCGCAUUGCAGAGCUUGAAGUGUAUCUAGCCCUGUCUAGGAUCCUGAUGCGUUUUGAAGUGAAGCCAGAACAAGAAGGUCACACUGUGAGACCCAUGACUCGCACCCUGCUGGUCCCGGAGAAGGAGAUCAAUCUGCAGUUUCUGAGCCGCUGAUUGGGACAAAGCAGAACCAUCCAUUUCGGGCCUCGCAUCAAAGCACACAAGACCUCGAGGUGAGACAUCCUUAGCAGCCUGGAGUGACGAAGCUAAUCCUCUGGAUUCUUUGGAGUCUGCUUGAAGAGUCCACGAUGUGGCUGUAGAACAACAACGCUGAGCGAGGUCUGCUAAAGCGGCCACCGAGUGCUACCUCUCAAGUAGUGCAUUUCUUAUUCUCAGUGGUCCAGUUGUGGGACCUAGAUUGCUAAAAAUGACUUUUCCGGCCCAGAGUUUCCCAGUCCAGAAUGUAGAGCACCAAGAGGCAUUUGAAAUAAGAGAACUGUAGGAAGAGGAGCUUGCUCUGAAACACACUUGCUUUCUUAUUCUGUUUGAUAGCUCCCAGAACUUUCUGAAACUGGGUGGAGAGACAGGAAUCCAAUAGCCAAUGGCAGUUGUGAGCAUUUUGCAUACUGAACAGCAGAGCUGGAAAUGCUUUAUCUAUGGGACUGUGAGGUCACGCAUGCAUACUCAACACUCCAUGGCAGUAGCGUCAAGGAAAGUCAUUGCAAAACAAGCGACGUGGAUGGAGCUUUUGUAUCCUCUCAAACCCAUAAUGUUGUACAAUGGGUGCAAUUGGCAAAUGACGUUUAUGCAUGUGUGAACCAUCCAUAUCUGACAUAAUAUUAGAUCAAUAUCAGAUCACUGCCAGUGUGCAAUCACCCAGGUUAUCUCUCACUAGUAUCUUGCAAAUGAUAUGUGGUUUUCUUUCCCAUGGCAAAGAACUGGCUUUAGACUUUAGGCUUUAGAAAUGCUGUAGAUGUCAUCUAUCUAGAUUUCAGCAAGGCGUUUGACAAACUCCCCCACGACCUUUUGAUUAGCAAACAAGUCAAAUGCGGACUACAUGGAAAUACUGUCAGGUGGAUUCACAACUGAUUGGAAAACCGUACUCAAAGAGUGGUCAUCGGUGGCUCUGCUUCGGACUGGAAGGAGGUCUCGAGUGGAGUGCCACAGGGUUCUGUCCUGGGGCUGAUACUCUUCAACAUUUUUAUCAAUGACUUAGAUGACGGGGUGGAGGGAAGCCUUAUGAAGUUUGCAGAUGAUACGAAACUGGGAGGGAUAGCUAACACAAUGGAAGACAGGAAUAAAAUCCAAAGGGACCUGGAUAGACUAGAAAAUUGGGCUGAAAUUAAUAAAAUGAAAUUCAAUAAAGACAAAUGCAGGAUUCUGCAUUUAGGCCACAAAAACAAAAUGCAUGGGUACAGGAUGGGAAAUACCCGGCUUACCAGUAGUGCGUGUGAGAAGGACCUUGGAAUUGUAGUGGAUCGCAAGUUGAACAUGACCCAGCAGUGUGAUGCUGCGGCAAAAAAGGCAAAUGCAGUUUUGGGCUGCAUAAACAGAGCUAUAGUUUCCA